AUGGCUGAUUUCUUUAAUAGCUUUUCCGGUCCACCAGACACUACUGCUACUAGGGGUUACGAUUCUGAUUCCUCUCGUUCAGCCAAUGAAGAUUCCGAUGGUGAAACCACCAGAGGAUUUUUAGCUACAACUGCCGGUGUUGGUGCUGGAGCAUUUAUUGGUGCCAAAUUAGGUGGUAAAAAGAGUAAAAAGGGUAAAGUUUUUGGUGCUUUAGCUGGUGCUGUUAUUGGUGGUGUUGCUGCCAACAAAUUAGAAGAUUGUUAUGAAGAAUACAGAGAAGACCAGUACAAGGAAGAAGAAGAAGAAAGAAAAAAAGCCGAGGCUGAAGCCUAUGCUGCUGCUGGAUAUCCUCCUGCUCCCGGAUAUGCUCCUGCCCCUGGAUACAGUGAUGCUGGUUUGGGCUAUGGUGCUGCUGCUGUUGGUGUCGGUGCCGUUGGUGCUGCUGCUGGUGCUGCUGCCUAUUCUUAUUCUGCUGAUGAUGCUACUACUAGGGCGGCUGAUGAAAACGCUAAUAUCGAAAGAUUAAUCCAAGAAGUAGCCGACAAGGCAACUAUUGUUGAACAAUUAAAGACUGAGGGUGCCGAUGAAGAUCAAGUACAAUUAGCUCAAACUGCUCUUGAACAAAAACAAGCUGAAUUGGCCGCUGCAAGAGAAAAACAAUAUUUAAGAAGUUUAGAAGGGGAUCAAGGUGGAGAACCUGUUCAAGAAAGAGCAAUUCCACCUUCCGUUGUUGACCAAGGUUAUGGUUAUGAACAAGCUCAAGCUCCACCUCCACCCCAACAAGUCGACGAGGGCUCUGACAUUGAAAGUAUAAAAGAUGAACUCCAAGAAAAACUUCAAGAGCUUGAUGAAUUGAAGAAAGAUUCUUCUGCUUCAUCUUCUGAUAUAGAAAGUUUGCACGAAGAAAUUCAAGAAUUAAGAGAAGAAUUGGAAGAAGAAAGAAAAGAAGCUGAAGAAGACAAACAAGAAGCUUUAGAAGAUGUCAGAGAUGAUAUAGAAGAUCUCAGAGAAGAAAUAGAAGAAUUAAAAGCCGGCUCUGACAGCGAUAAAGAAUCUGAUCUUGAAGAAUUGCAACAAGAACUUGAAGAUAAACAACAAGAAUAUCAAGAUAUACAAGCUGGUAAGGAGCCAGAGUCAAGCUGGAAGUUCUGGUAA